UUCCUGCUUCCGAUUCACCACCGCCGGCGCCUUGCCCCUUUCCACCAACCGCCAUGGUUUAUUCAAUGAGGGGCCUUGUGUUAACGAGACUAUAAAUACGAACAACACAAAUCUCAAUGGCAAUGAAUCGUUAAUCGUAGCAGCGAGAACAAUAACAACAGCAUCCGUAUGUAAUUCUAUGUCAUCAUUGAAUGCAAACAUAAAUGUUAUAAACGAUAACGAUAUGAUAUCGCCGGUGAUUAUGGCUCGUUAUCUGGAAGAUGAGCUGAAAGCUGGUGAAGUGAAGCAUUGCGAUACAUGUCAAUGUUCCAAGGAUUUAACAGUGCUCGCCGAUUUGACGAGAUCCUAUACUGUCGCCACGCAAACUCCAUUUACAUUGAAUACGAGCAGUAGCGGUAACUUAAAUGAACCUCUAACGCAAUUGUGUUUACGUUGUUACAGUAAUUUGAACUCACCUUCACGCACUAAUAGUCCAUACGCUACUAAGAAUUUAUUAAAGUCAAGUGAUUCAGUUAUAUCAGAAACCAAAAGUUCAAUGUCAGAUUUGAACGAUGCUGACAAACUAUUUACGCCGGCUAAAAAGGAUGAUCUAAUGGUAAAUCCAAUUUUGGGGCAUCAUAGACUAUGCGAGCGUACGUUAGCCGGCGGAGCGACAACGGGAAAAGCUACUCAAAAAACCACAUAUAGCGUUGUGUUAGAUAAUAUGAAGACAGCAACUGUAGGCUAUCAUCAAAGACGUUUUAUGGACGGUGGUGGUACCGCACUUGAUAUGUUAGAAGAACAUACUAUGCUUACUAAAAAGAAAACUAUCGAAGACUUAAAUGGUAAUGAGGAGUUGGAAGAAGAAGCUAAACCAUUAUUAAGCAAUUCGCGUUCGCAUAGUAAUUUAUUAGAAGACUGUGAAGAGUCACUAAAAACUCAAAUUAAAUUAAAGGAUAGGGAGCAUAUGAAAUCGCCAUCGGCCAGCACAUGCAGUGCGAUAAAGUCUCAUGCGAAUAGUCUUUUAAAAUCGCACAUAACCGGCAGUGCGAAUAGUCUAUGGAGUAGGACUAGCAGUGGUUGCGAAGGUGCAAAAAUGUUUGAAACUUUCAACAGAAAUCUCAUAAAGACGAUUAAGGCUGAAAAUCCCAAAAAUCGAGGACCACGUUUGUGCGCUAUGCGCAUACAACAAAAUGGACAAAGCAAUAUUCUAUUGGAUAAUAUAGAGUCUAUUGAGGCAGUCACUCCUAUUAUCUAUAGACGAAGGGAGCGUUUAUUGGACGAGGAACUUGAGGACGGUAAAGAGGUAAUAACGUCUUCCCAAACCGGCUUAAGCCCUCACAACGGGGAAGGUAUUAAGCAUAGUAAUAACGGGAUAAAUGUUACAACUAAGGGAAAACUAAAAAUGGUAAGCGAUGUUAAUGACACUGGCGGUGGUGCUGUGGAAGUUAUUUCUAUGAAUACGAAAAUUACUGUAAAAGAGUCUGUAUCUAAUACUAUUGGAGAUGAAAUCAAGACUGAAAUUGACGAAACUAAAACAUUAGGUGUUACACCAAACGGCUUUGAGGUGAGCUCGAAGAAAUCUUCAAAUACUAACACUGGCACGCAAUCGAGUUCGCUAAGUGAAGCGAUCGAUUUUCAAGAGAGCGUUUUAAUGCGUAGGCAACAGCUAAGCCGUGUAGCCGAGUGGGUACAAAAUAACUCGCAACAAAUGGAACGUCAACAACAGCAACAGCAAGUGUUAAGUACUUUAAUACAGUGCGACUCCUCUGGUACGGAUCAGCCUUCUUCCUUUUCAACACUCGAUCAAUUGGACUCGGUAUCCGUCGAAAAGUUAUCUUUAGAUUCGGGCUAUAAAACUACACCACAAAUUACCGCGUUGGCUAACAGCAGUCAAGAUGAUACUAUAAAAACCUCAGAUGAGUCCUUGUCACCUAAGUCGGAUAAUAAUGUCGACAAUGGUGAUAUGAUUGUAACAACGCAAUUAAAAGAAAACUCGCAAAUCUAUAGCACACCCCAAACUUAUUAUCGGAGAACUUCGCGAUCAGGUCUACCAGUAGCCUACACCGCCGCGACUGCAGCCAACACUGUCGUUACUUGUAGUUCGGAUAAUCCAGACUCAAGUUCGCAAUCAUCACAAAUUAUACCCGAGCAGCCGACUUGUGAUAUUCUUAAUUACAAAUACUACCCUAACGAUAGUGAUAAGACUCGUGCCAUUAAAGCGGAACUGCAUACAACCACCCAGAAUGUAGAUAUUGCCCAAAUGGAAUACAAUGUCAAGCAGUUUUUGCUGAAGCAAAAUGAAUGGUCUAUGAGAACUACACGUGUACACACCACGCCCACUACCGCGACCACGUUCAGUAAUAGCACCAUUUCUAGUCGGCCAAGUAACUCUCUAAGGCACAUCAAGCUAUUCAGCAAUACCAAUAUCGGACCCGGUAUUGGGGAACGGGUACGUACUACUACUACUGUCUCAACAAGCAUUACCCCAACCACAAUAACAACCACAUCCACAAUAACUUCCAAAGGUAACAAUCGUUUAGCCAUAAAAGCAACAAGAACCGAAAAUAUGGAAACUGAUCUACAUGCAACAACAACGGCAACUAGAAUUGGCGUCACUGGCGCAAAGAUACCCCAAAGAACUGAAACGAAUUUAUAAGGUAGGUCUCGGCGUAUCAAUCAAUAUAAAUGCAAUACAAUAAAGAAGGCGAUAAUCUAUUCCAAUUUGUAUAUUAGUUAGUUACGCUUCGCAGAGGAACGUUCCGGAUGAAUAAUUACGCUCACAGUCUAUUUUUUUGUAUACGUAGCAAAUACGGACAUCUAAGAUAUAUGAGGUGAAUGCAUUACUUUAAUGAUUUAUAUAUAUGUG